AUGAAGAAGGCAAAUAUCAUAUUUUUUUAUGGUCCACCAGCAACUGCAAAAUCUUAUGUAGCCUAAUAAAUAGCAAAACAAACAGGAUUUGUUUAUUUUAAUUUAGAUGAAUUCUAUUAAAAAGUCAAAGCUUAAACUGAAAUUGAUAAAUUGAAUAAGUUAAUGUAAAUUUUUUAAAAAGAACCUAAAAAUUAUAUAGUUGAUGGAUUUCUCGAUAAAAAGUCAUAAGCAGUUGUAUUCUUUGAACACUAUCAAAAACCCAGAUAUAUAAUUUAUUUUUAAUCCAGCAAGGAUGAAGUUGAAUAAAAUAUAAGAUUAUUGAGUACAGAGGAACUAAAGAAAAGUCGUUUUUAAAAAUUUACUAACUUUCUCCAAAAUCGUGAUGAAUUAUUAAAUUACUUAAAGAAGUUUCAAUUCUUUGUAACUGUCGAUGCUAUCUAAAAAGGAUUAUCUUACAAUUUUUAAUAGUCUUCAGAUUUAAUUAUUUAGGCAAUAAUGAAUUUAUUAAGACCAAAAGUAUUUGUAGCUUUAACUUAUAAUAACGAAGAACUUGCUGAAGUUUAUUUAAAUAAACUAGAAACUUAAUUAGAAUAUAAACACUUGCAUUUAGAAAACCUUUGUGAAGAUGAAUUAGCAAAAGGCACUCCACUAGGUAAAUAGAUGGGUGCUUUCUUAAAUUCAGGCUAAUCUGUACCACCAUAAAUGCAAAUAGAAUUAUUAAGAUAAUAUUUAUAUUAAGAACCUACAUAAAAUAAAUUUGUUUUGACUCAUUUUCCAGAAAAGUAUUAAGAGUUCCGAAUUUUUGAGGAUAAACUAUUUCCAAUUACAGGUUUGAUAAACUUUUUGAAAGAAGGAAAGAGUGUUUCAUUUUCUGCUAAAAUGAACCCUGUAUUACAUUAUUCUUCAGAAGGAAAGAAUUUAAUAAUAUAGAAUGAAGAUAUUGGAUCAUUUUAAUCUUAUGUAACAAGAAGAGUUUAAUAUGGUAUUGUAGUAGGUCCUUAGAUGACAGGAAAGACUACGUUUGCAAAAUAUAUUUCAUAAAAAUUUGGUUAUAAUUUAAUUGAAUGGGAACCAACAAUUGCUCAAUUAAAAGAAAAAUUAGCUCCAGCUUCAGGAGAGCAGCUAGAAGAAGUGACUUUACCUUAAAUUAUAAAAUAUUAUAAAGAAUUAUUUAGUAAUAUAACAAAUGACAAAUAUUUGUUUGAUGGGUAUUAAUAUAAUAUUAAAUUAAAAUAGAUUUCCUCCUGGAUGUGAUAAACCUGAAUUAAUAACAUAGUUUAUGAAUUUAGGAUCAGCAAGUUGGAUAUUAAAUAUUGUAGUUGAUUAAAAUAAUUAAUGGAUAAGAUAUAAGAUAAAAAAUGAGUAAGAUGCAGCAGCAGAAAUGACAGAUGAUGAUAAAGAGAAAAUGUUGACAAAUUAAAAAAUGCAUGAAGAAUAAUUAAAGUCUAUAAUAAGUUAUGUAUAGUAAUAGGCGGAUUGUAAAUUAUUUAAAUAGGAUACAAACUAUUCAUUAGAAUUAAACUUUAAAUCAAUAGAUUAGAUAUUUGAGAAAAGAGUGUAUUUAGCAUCAAUUCUAGUAAAUUUAGAUAAUGAUAUCUAUGAAGCUUUGAAAUUAAUAUAUAUAAAUAUAGCAGCAAAAUAUAGAAUGUCAUUUGUAGAUGUUGAACAAAUAAUCGCUAAGAAUUUUGAUUCUUUGGUAAAUGAUUACGAGAUGAGAUGGACUAAAUAAAAUUGUAAGAAUCCUUCAAAUUUCGCUCCAUAAUAAGUGAUGAGAAUAGUUAAAAAAUACAUAGAUGAAUUACCUAUUUAAAGCAGGUAUUGUCUUAGAUUUUUAAUAUUAUUUUAGAGAUGUUUUAUUAUGGGGAUAUAUUUCAGCAGAUUAGAAGGGUGAGAAAUAAUUAUCAGAGUAAAUAUUUCCAAGAGCAACAGAUGAAUUGGCUAUAGUAGAAAAAUCAUUAGGAUAAAUUAAAGUUUUAUAUGCAAUAAGUGAAUAACCUUUAAAUUCAGAAAUUAAUGAUCCUGAAUGGGUAUUAUAAAAACCAGAAGUUCCUCCACCAAAAUAAGAAGGAGAUGGAGGAGAUGAAGAACCUAAAGAUGGAGGAAAUGCUGAAGGUGAAGAGAAUGCUCCAAAAUUUGAUAUUUAUAAUUAUUAAUGGACUAAGAGUGAUACACCCAAAAAUAUGGCAUAAAUAUUUAUGAAAGUUAAAUAACCUAAUCCAGUAAUUUAAUUCACUAUUUUAGGUAUAACUAGAAGUUAGUGAUUAUAGUUUCAAAUUAAUUUAUGAUAAUUUUGAUGAAGUCUAUUAAGCAAUUUAAGAAAAUCCUAAAUAAACAUAUUAUGCCUAAAUUUAACUACAAUAACCAAUUAUGGAAUGA